AUGGCAGAAGGUCUCGUAACACGCGUCAAGCGUCUGGUCUCCGGCGGUGUGAACCAGUUGGUGGACUCCAUUGAAAACACUUCCCCCGCAACCGUCAUGGAAGAGGCAAUCCGGGAAGUGGACCGGGCCGUCGAUCAGGUCCGUGAUGAAUUGGCCGGUGUCUUGGCGAACAAGCACCUUGCAAACACCCGGCUUGGGGAAACGACAACACGUCACGAAGAGCUGCAGGGUCAGAUUGCCGUGGCGGUGAAAGAAGGGCGGGACGAUCUCGCGGAAGCAGCCAUUGCGCGCCAGCUUGACCUCGAAGUUCAAAUUCCGGUUCUGGAGUCUGCAGUCGCAGAUGCCAGCCGGGAGGAAAAGGAACUGGAAGGUUAUGUGAGCGCUCUCCAGGCGCGCAAGCGUGAGAUGGAGGCGGAACUGGUCAAUUUCCGCCGUUCCCAGCAACAAAGCGCGACGGACAGUGCAGCAUCGGGAGUUGCGGCUCCAAAGGACAGUGUCGAAGGCAAGACCCGCAAGGCGGAACAGGCAUUUGACCGUGUCAUGCAGAAUGCGACCGGUCUGCCCGGCGGACUUUCGACCGACAAGGCCGACGCAACCAAACUUGCCGAGCUGGAAGAUCUUGCCCGCAAGAACAGGGUUUCUGAACGCCUUGCCGCAUUGAAGGCGUCGGCGAAAGACGGUUGA